CAUAUACACACCAGCAAUCAGAAGCACAAGCGUGUAGACUGCAUGAUCACAAUCACAAGCGUGUAGACUGCAUGAUCACAAUCACAAGCGAUUUCUGUCUAUUCAAAAUUUUGGAACCACGAUUCAGAUGAAAACGCCAGGACCAAACUAGCAAUAUUUACCUUGAGUGUUUCAUGUCAAUCUAAGGAGUACAUUAUUUAUAGAUGACCAAGUAGCAUAACUCAGUAGUAACUAAUUCAUCCAGAAAUCCUCCUUGAGUUACCUUUCUUACAUCACCAAACUCUUUGCAACACUUGUAAACAAUGCUGUUAGUUUGGAUUGUGGCUGCGCUGCUGGUUGGAUCAUCCAAGUCUACGCCACUGGACGACUACGUCAUCAGACCAGACGAGAACUACUAUUAUGGUUUUUUGAUGGAGCUUAAAGGGCCAGAUUACGUGGUCUACAUACUCAAUAUGACGUCACAAAAAUGGAUGACAGAGGCGGAGACUAGCAAGCCGCUGUGGUGGCACUUUGUCAGCGUGAUUAUUCCCAACACACUCAACUACACGGAGACUGCUUUCCUUUACAUAGAUGGCGGUGACAAUGACAACAAAAUACCAAGUAUGAAAGAUGAAGGCAUUGCCGGUAUGACUACAUUAGCUGUUAGCACAGGAGCCAUAUGUGCAGUAAUUAACCAAAUUCCAAAUCAGCCAACAGUGUUUCUUGACGACCCAGAGAGAAAAGAAAGAUACGAAGACAGCAUUAUUGCCUGGACCUGGAGGAAGUUUCUCGACGGUGAAAUGUCUCCAGAAAUCUUGCUCAGACUUCCUAUGACAAAAGCUGUCGUGAGAGGAAUGGAUUCAAUAUCGACAUUUUAUCAAUCUUUGCGAGGAAGCACUAUCAACAAAUUUGUGCUGGCAGGUCAAUCGAAGAGAGGCUGGACAACAUGGACAGCGGCUGCUGUGGACAAGAGAGUAGUGGGUAUAGUACCAACGGUCAUGGACCUUCUGAACAUACAGCAGAGUUUGCAUCAUCAUUACCAAUCUCUGGGAGGAUGGACCUACGCAUUUCAAGAUUAUUACAAGCUCAACAUAACCGCUGAUUUGGACAACCCCAACAUGAUGUGGUUGCAGGCUGUGGUCGACCCUCAAACAUAUUUUAUGCGGCUUACGAUGCCCAAGCUAAUAGUCACUGCCUCUGGGGAUGAGUUGUUUCUACCUGAUAACUCUUACUAUUACUUUGAUAAAUUACCUGGGACGAAAUUUUUGAGGGUAAUCCCCAAUGCUGAUCAUUCUCUUUCUGGACAUACUUUAAGUUAUUUAAUGAACAUCAAGACCUUUUUCCUGUACAUAUUGAACAAUGCCCAGUUCCCUAACGUCACUUGGGAGAGGACGGCUGAUGCUUACAGCGGUAGGACAGUAGUGACCACAUCUCGGCCACCCAAAACUGUCACGGUCUAUCAGGCUAAGACCAUGGAUGACGGAAGAAGAGACUUUCGUUUAGCGGUCAAGAGUCCGUCAAGCGGAGGCUCAGUUCCUCAUCCUGUUAUCUGGUAUUCUAGUUCUGCUACACAAAAGAGCCCGACAGUCUACGAAGCAGAGAUAAUGAGACCUUUGAAGGGCUGGACCGCUUUCUUCAUUCAGUUGGAGUUUGAUGGUCCAAGUGGAUCUACGCUCCAGGUGACCACUGAGGUCAAUAUUGUGCCAGACAUAUUCCCAUACCCAGAUUGCACUGGACAGACUUGUUAUGGAACUCUGGUGUGACAUACAAAGUGCCUCUCAUCAGGUCAUUCUGACCUUGAUAUCGUUAUUAUAGUUGUAUAGUUAUAUACAUAUAUUGUCUGUUAUUAAAAAAAAUAAACUAUAUUAGACAUUA